UCUUGUCUUGAAAGAGCUCACACUCGGUGCCGUCACAACACUUUCUGGUAGAUUGUUCCAAGAGUUUACAACCCUCACUCCGAAAAAGUUUGCCCUCACAGAUUUCUGGACUUGCGACUGCAUUCUUGAGCUGUGACCUCUUGUGGGGCGAGCACCCCUGCCAGCUCCAAAAGUUGAAUACAUAAAGGAUUGGCACUCUGGACCUUCAAGUUAAACAUAUAUUGGAUAUAUCAAAUACUGUACUGUACCAUCAAAAUCAACCAUGCCCAAUAAGGAACCUGAGCUGGUAGUGACAGUGAAGGACAAGGUUCGCGUUCUCAGACUAAACCGUCCACACAAGAAAAAUGCCAUCAACGCAAAUUUAUAUACAGGAAUUGUCCAAUCAUUAGAGGAAGCUGCUGCUGAUCCCAAUACCCUGAUUGUGGUUAUGACUGGUACUGGUGAUUACUUUACCUCCGGAAAUGACCUCUCUGCAUUAUUGGAAGGUGUGAGAGGAAGUACAUCAGCUGAGACAUCUGGGACAAAUGAUAACACAAAUCAUCAUUCAAUGCAGGAGAUGCAGGAGAAAGUUUCUUCUGGUGCCGAGAUGUUCCGCAAUUUUGUGUCAUCCUUUAUUGACUUCCCAAAGCCAGUGAUUGCCAUUGUGAAUGGACCAGCAGUGGGCGUUGGGGUUUCAGUACUGGGACUCAUGGAUGUAGUGUAUGCUUCUGACAGGGCAACCUUCCAUACACCAUUUGUGGCAUUAGGGCAGUGCCCAGAGUGCUGCUCAACUUAUACCUUUCCCCGAAUAAUGGGUCCAGGGAAGGCGGCAGAGAUGAUCCUGUUUGGUAAAAAGAUAACUGCAGGAGAAGCCUACCAGGCAGGUUUGGUAACAGAUGUGAUUCCUGAGGCCUGCAUUGAUCAAGUUUGGUCAAGAAUUUAUAAAUGGGCCCAGCUACCUCCCAAUACUUUGGUCAAUGCCAAAGGGAUGUUAAGAGCUCAUAAAAAGGAUUUUCUUCAUAAGGUCAAUGAAUUUGAAUGUAAACACCUUGAAGAGAGAAUGCAGACUGAGGAAUUCUUUAUUGUCAUGAUGAAAUUUUUUAGUAGAAAUUCAAAACUAUAAGGAACUUAGGCUGUGAUACAAAGUGUGUACAGUGCAUAGUCUUACAGUUAUAGUAUGUAUCAUGUGUCUCCAAGAGUGUCCCAGAACUCAUGAGGCUCGUCAAUAUCUAUAUUGUUUUUAUUGUUCACUUUGUAUAUAUUUUGGGGCUAAAUAAACUAUUUACUUAUUUUUCAAUGGUUAAGGUUAUAAUAUAUACAGUAAUACACUGCUUAGUGCACAGGAUGCAUUCCUAAGAAGAGAGCACUAACUGAAUCAGCACUAAAUGGGAUCAUGAAAUCAUUAUACUAUACAGUACUAUAUUUAAGUUGUGAAAUCCCUCCUUGCUACCUACAACAUGGAGGAAAGGCAAAGUCGACAAGUUAAAAUAAUGAGCAAAUAAUCUAGGGGUUGAAAUACGUAAUUUACAUUUUUAGUAAUAAAUAAUAACUCAGACUAAAGUUAGGAUAAUAUAAUUGACAUUUCUGGAUUCCUUGCAGGUC